CACACAGGCAGGGAGGGGGGUUUCAUCCCCCUGCGAGCGCUUCACUAUUAAAACUCCAAGAUCUCUCCCUUGCAAUGGCCGGAUGUCCACCAUAAAGCGACAUGCGAGGCGACAUUGAAGCGUUUUGGGUCGGAGCUGAGCCCGUCCGCUCCCUCCGAGCCUCUGGGCGCCGGCCCAGCCGGCCCUGGGGUGGAGCCCGCGUCCCGAGGCCGGGUGACUAACUGCCCGGCCCCGGGCGGGGACUCCGGACGCGCCGCGGUUUGCAGCGGGAGGGAGCCGGAGCUUGCGGACCGCCCCCGGGUAUCUUGAAGGAGGCCGACCCCCAGCUCGCCCCCUGCCAUGGCAGCUCCCUCGCGGCUCCUGAUCCGCGGGGGCCGCGUGGUCAACGACGACCUGUCGCAGGCGGCCGACGUGCUCGUAGAGGACGGCGUGGUGCGGGCGCUGGGCCGCGACCUGCUGCCGCCCGGGGCAGCGCCCGCCGGGCUGCGGGUCCUGGACGCUGCGGGCAAGCUCGUCCUGCCCGGCGGCAUCGACACGCACACCCACAUGCAGUUCCCCUUCAUGGGCACGAGGUCCGUGGACGACUUCUACCAGGGCACCAAGGCCGCCCUGGCGGGGGGCACCACCAUGAUCAUCGAUUUUGCCAUUCCUCGGAAAGGCAGCUCCCUCAUCGAGGCCUUCGAGACCUGGCGGAGCUGGGCGGACCCCCAAGUCUGCUGCGACUACAGCCUUCACGUGGCGGUGACAUGGUGGAGUGACCAGGUUAAAGAAGAAAUGAAAGUCCUUACCCAGGAAAAAGGUGUGAACUCCUUCAAGAUGUUCAUGGCCUACAAAGACGUGUACAUGGUAGGAGACGCGGAGCUCUAUGCCGCCUUCUCUCGGUGCAAGGAGGUCGGCGCGAUCGCUCAGGUCCACGCGGAAAACGGAGACCUGAUCGCAGAGGGAGAGAAGAAGAUGUUGGCGUUGGGGAUAACGGGCCCCGAGGGCCACGAGCUGUGCCGCCCAGAAGCGGUGGAGGCCGAGGCCACCCUGAGAGCCAUCACCAUCGCCAGCGCCGCCAGAUGCCCUCUGUACGUCGUGCAUGUGAUGAGCAAGUCCUCGGCAAAGGUGAUAGCGGAUGCAAGGAGAGAUGGGCAGGUGGUCUACGGAGAGCCCAUCGCUGCGAGCCUGGGCACCGACGGCACGCACUACUGGAGCAGAGACUGGCGCCAUGCAGCCCACCACGUCAUGGGACCGCCCCUGAGACCGGACCCUUCGACUCCUGACUACCUCAUGAAUCUGUUGGCUAAUGGUGAUCUAACCACCACGGGGACGGACAACUGCACCUUCAACACCUGCCAGAAAGCUCUUGGGAAAGAUGAUUUUACUAAGAUUCCUAAUGGGGUGAAUGGUGUCGAGGACCGGAUGUCAGUAAUAUGGGAAAAAGGCGUGCACAGUGGUAAAAUGGAUGAAAACCGAUUUGUGGCCGUUACCAGCACAAACGCAGCUAAAAUCUUUAAUCUCUAUCCAAGAAAAGGAAAAAUAGCUGUAGGAUCAGAUGCUGACAUUGUGAUUUGGGACCCAAAAGCUACAAGGACUAUCUCGGCAAAAACGCACCAUCAGGCCGUCAACUUCAACAUCUUCGAGGGCAUGGUCUGCCACGGGGUGCCCCUGGUGACUAUUUCCAGGGGCAAGGUGGUGUACGAGGCUGGAGUUCUCCAUGUCGCCGCGGGACAGGGGAAGUACAUCCCGCGCAAGCCGUUUGCUGAAUUUGCACACCCACCCCCGUGGAGCGUGACCCCUACAAGGGAGAAGUUGUGCUACUACAACAGUAGAGAAAAACAAAAGAAUCCACAGCUGGAAUCGGGAAACAGACCUACCCCUGACCAGAGGGCUGUUGGUGGAGGAAGAGAGUAUCCUUGCAUGACAACAUAUAAAAUUAACAUCUCUCUCUUCAUAAGCAUUUGAAGAGUCCAUGGUCCCAUGGUCAAGGUCAAAGGCUUCAAAGUGAUAUAUGACUCAAGGACAAUUGUGUGAAGGGAAGACAGAUAAAAUACUUCUCGACGCAGAACACUCAGAUGAGCCUCCAGAUUGAAGGAGGCCUUGGGCUAGAGAUUAGUUCUCUGGGAUGUUAGGACAGUCGACAGCGCUGUAGGGAAUCAAACACAACCAAGAAGCAGUAGACUGGUAACACCGACCACCUGUUAUUGGGGAACAGUGCACUGCCUAACACAGGGAGUAUGUUUCAUGGUCCAAUGUAUAAACUGAUGGAGACUUUAUCUGGAAAAGCCAAUCUUCAUACUGUAAAGGCAACUAUGUUCUAGAACUUAGAGGGAAUGAAAAAAUGAAUCAUGUGGCUUUUAGGGGUAUAAUUUUUUUUGUCAGAAAAAUUAUUUGAUGGUAUUUGAUGUACUUUAUUUCACACUUAAUUUUUGGAAUGAUAUUAUAGAUAGGGUCAUUUCUGAAUAAAUGUUUUUGCCUUUCA